GGUCAGCGUGUUUUCAUUGUUAAAUAAAAAAAUAAAAUAAAUAAUAAAAUAGAGAAGAUACUCUGGAAAGUUUUAAAUCAGAAACUUUAGCUGAGUCUGUUAAAUGAGAGACUUAAAGCUCGUAAACAACUUGAGUACGUUCUUAAGUGGCAUGAAAUAAAACUACACAUGUAAAGUGUCAGUUAAUCUAAAUUAACAAAACAUACUUCUGUAUGUUAAAUUAACAGGAAACUCUCUCUUAAAUUAAAACUGUACAUUGAUUUAUAAUGUGGGAACUUAAAACCUCUUUGAGACCCCCUGGGUGCACACAUGUAUGACAGCUGGUCUAAAAAUAACAGCAGCACCAGCCAAUGAGUGGUGCAGUGCAGCUUAGCACUAAACAUACAGGACAUGGGUCCUAACUGCAUACAGUACGUGCGCUUCGAAAUGUCCCAGUGUGGGAACUGGGAGAGAAAUGUCGCUUACCAUGGGACCAAAGUAAAAUACAUCAUAGUGCUUCUAUUUAUAAUGAUGGAACAUUGGAAUGGGUCCCAUUUAAAUUGGUCCCAUUUUAUUGCAGUCACAUUAAAAUGCAAAGGCAGGAACAUGCUGCUUCUUCCUGGAUAAUAUUUAUGGGUGUGUGGGUUUACAGUAAAUAUAAACACAAUUAUUAAAAUCAUGAUAAAAGACUCUUCUUUGUCUAAUUGGGAAAAAUGAGUUAAAGAAGAUGUGCAGAUAAAUGCAUAUAACCAAACUGGAUGCUCACACAAAGACAAAAAAGGGGAGAACCACAAAGGGUUAAAAAGGAUGAGGACGACGGCCAAUCAAGGCGAACCCAUCUCCAACAGACAGUAGUCCAAAGAAGUGCAGAAGGAGGAGGUUUCUCCCACAGUGCCCCUGUCUCUCUUCCUCACAGACGCCUCCUGACUCCGGUCCCUCAACCCUCAUCAGUUAUGUCCACUAAGCUUCAAAGGGAGGACUGGACAAGACAGGAACCUUAUUUCUGGAUGUCAUGAAACACUGACUGAUCUGAGCUUCUGAUGAGGAUAAAUGAUUUGAGGCGUCAUCUCUUCAUCCUGAGUGCCUUCAGACAGACUUACAACCGCCUGCUCAGUCAAGCCAAAAAUCACUUUUCAUGAAGCUGAGGGCCCGAGUGAGCAAAUUCAAUUAUGACACAGAGGCCAAGGGACAUCUAAGACUAAUUAUUCUACUGCAUGUCUGUCAGCAGAAAAACAGGUACGGGGAAGAUUGAACGCGUUCUCCAUAUUGACCUGCAUUCACCAAAUUAUGCUGCAGGUGAAGAACCUUGUCUGAUGUGAAAGCUCAAUAUUUAAUUGUGGCCAUUAACAGGAGGAUUUAAUUGAUUACUUUUGGACAAAAUCUCUGCACGCAUCAAUACACACAUAGGUAGUAUAUGAAUGGCUACUGCUGACACGAUGUAUCCGCAAUCCACUAAUAAGCACCAAAUGGUUUGAGUUGCUCAACAUGUCUGUAUUGACUUUGGCGGAGAGUCCCGUUCCAAAACAACACUGUAACGAUAGCCGUCCAGUAUUCAGAGUCCCACAAUACUGCAAACAUUGUUCACCCAGAGAUGGUUUAUUUUACCGUUCCGUGCCAAGAAUGUUACUUAUCACAGUCCAUUCAUUUGAAUUGUUUCAGCUUGGAUUCAGUCAGCCAAACAAGGAUGAGGGUUGUUUUUUUUUAGCUUGCAACAAAGACAGCUGUGAUACAGUAGGCGGUGGCAAGAAGUACUGAGAUGCUCACUCGCCGCUUUAAAUGACUCUGAGCGCCAAGGGUUCAUUCACGCAACAGGUAACAACAAAACAGCAGGUCGGUGUCAAAGAUGCUGCUGCAGAUCGUUUCAACAUUGAUUUAAGCUUAUUAUUAAAAAUGAAAUGCUGAGUCGCCUUCAGCCAAGUUCGAGUACUAUUUCGGUCCAUGACAAAAUGGGGUCCAGCUGUGCUGAUUAGCUCACAUGCUGAACUUAAAGAUGGCUACAUGGCAACCGUUAAAUCUGGACGUCCUGAGAUGAUUAAAAGGGUCGGAAGGGAAACAAGCUCUGUUGCGCAAAUCUGUUGUGAAAUUAUUUAAGAGAGAUGUUUAGUGGAAAAAUAACUUCUUACAUCUGGAACAUGAAUACCGUGAAUACAGAAUGAAGUCGCAGGAAACAGGACUUUGAAUGUACUUUAAAUGCAGCAUCACGCAUCUGGAUGUUCUUUCAUGUCCCUGGACGGCACCUCCUGUUUGUUUCCGUCUCUUUUCCGAACCUUUUUUUGCCUAAUCACCCGUCUCCCACUGUUUCCUUCUCCGGCAAAUUGUUUGCAUGUGAGCUGUCGGCUUGACUCACUCGCUAGUUUUGCUGCUUGGUUGUGAAAUGUACCUGGGAACACAGCGUGUCUUGUGCAGGCCAGCGCUCUCGAGCGUGGACGAGGUCCCCGAGUGGCCACAGGCAGAAGAAGGGGGUUCGCGGCCGAUCAUCACAUACCUCACCCUCAUACAACUAUUUCACAACACCUUGAGGCAGCGUAUCAGAUGCCUGGGAGACUGUGUGGUUGACAGAUCCCCCUGGUUGGAAACGCAAAUGCCUAAAUGCCAUAAUGAAUGGAAGCACUUAAUAUGAGAAUGAUAGAAAUGCUGGGGUGGAUGCUGAGAUGAGGCCUGAAGCUUGCUCUAUUCUCCGCUCCUUUCUGCAGAUAGACUCCGAUGACGUCAUAACGCGAGACGAGCAGAUCUAUGUCCUGAUCGGCGCUCACACCAGGUGUGAAAGGAACAUCAAGAUACAACUGGCCUUGGUUCAAGAGGGCGACUGCAUCCCGGAGUGGGACGGGAUCAUCUGCUGGCCACGGAGCCGAGCGGGUCGCCUCGUCUCGGUGCUGUGUCCAGAGUACAUUUACGACUUCAACCACGGAGGACGAGCCUACCGCCAGUGUGACGCGUCAGGGAGGUGGGAGCAGGUGCCCGCUAUCAACCGCACGUGGGCCAACUACACUGAGUGCACCACGUACCUGUCCUCCAACCAGAGGAUUCAGGAGGAGAAGGUGUUCGAGAGGCUCCACCUCAUAUACACCGUGGGCUACUCCGUCUCUCUAGCGUCCCUGUUGGUGGCCGUCUCCAUCCUCUGCUACUUCAAGCGCCUGCACUGCACACGCAAUUACAUCCACAUUCACCUCUUCACCUCCUUCAUAUGUCGAGCAGUCAGCAUCUUCGUGAAGGACGCCGUGCUCUACUCCAUGUCCGACGACGGCAAGGCCGAGCCCGGGUUCGCCGCACAGAGGCCGCAUAUGGCUGGAUGUAAAGUCGCUGUUACCCUCUUCCUCUACUUCCUGGCAACCAACCACUACUGGAUCCUGGUGGAGGGCCUGUACCUGCACAGCCUCAUCUUCAUGGCCUUCCUCUCCGAUAAGAACUACCUGUGGGCUCUGCUCAUCAUCGGCUGGGGUGUUCCAGUCGUGUUCGUGUCCAUUUGGGUCAGUGCACGAGCGUCGCUGGCAGACACGCAAUGCUGGGAUAUCAGCGCUGGGAACCUGAAGUGGAUCUACCAGGUCCCCAUCCUGGCAGCCAUUCUUGUGAAUUUCCUCCUUUUCAUCAACAUAAUACGAGUACUGGCCUCUAAACUGUGGGAAACAAACACUGGUAAACUGGACCCUCGACAGCAAUAUCGGAAGCUGCUGAAGUCCACGUUAGUCCUCAUGCCUUUGUUUGGAGUUCACUACAUGGUGUUCAUGGCUCUGCCCUACACUGAUGUCACCGGGCUGCUGUGGCAGGUGCAGAUGCAUUACGAGAUGUUCUUCAACUCCUCCCAGGGCUUUUUGGUGGCAUUUAUCUACUGUUUCUGCAAUGGGGAGGUCCAGGCUGAGGUAAAGAAGGCUUGGCUGAGACGCAGCCUUGCUCUGGACCUCAAACAGAAAACCAGGAUGACCAGCACGGGAGGCAGCUGCUACUACGGCGGCAUGAUGUCCCACACCACCACCACCCACAGCGUCAGCUUCUCCGCCAACGCCAGGGCCCCGUCCUGCAACGGAGUGCUCCGGCCGCCGCGCCAGAACUCCCUUCACCCCCAGACCCACCUGCCUGGCUACGUGGCCAGUGGAACAGAGCCCGACGGCCCCCAACAGGAGGCGCCUUUGUGCAGGUCAGGGGGCUCAGACCCUGGGGUUUUUGCCAGAGCCUCCCAGAGAAAACACGAACCCAGAGAGGAUCCAGAGAUUGUCCUGAAUGAAAUGCAAACUACAACUGAUUAUAUUUCAACCUUCAAUUAGUUGUGACAGAAGUGUCAAGGGCACAGAUGGAUUCUUUGGAGAUUCGCCCACUCCACCCUGUGCUGGAUUUUCCAAGCACAAACCUUUUGCCCCUCGUAAGUCUUGUCCUCUGUCCUCAACGCUCUCACAACACCAUCCAGAAUUUCACACGCACCUCUCAGACCUCCGCUCCAGGAGGAAAGCAUGUCCCCGAGCUGCUGGUAGACCUCAGCAGGAGCGACACCUCUGCAGCGGAGUCCAUUCACAAGGAACACAGACGGGAAAUGUUACUCGAAAUGAAGACGAGUGUAUUCGGUUUCUAGUGUAUGUACAGUGUAACAUAAUAAUAAAUAAGACAAUUCUAAACAUUUCAGAUCCUUUGAGAGUAACUGAAAAUACAGCUUAUACUUAUUAGCUCCAGGUGUAAAAUGUAUGUUUUUAAUCAUAGUACUAGAAAAUAUAAAAUAGGUGUUUGCAUUUUUAACAAUCAUGAACAACAUUUGAGGAGAACAGGUCAGUUUACUGAAAUACACUGCACGUUUUCAGGCGUGAGGUCAGUGAAGCGGGGAAGCAGUGACACUGAUGCCAGUAAACAUCCAUUAGCUGUUUAUUACAUAAACUCCAUGAUGCGCCAAUGAUGUCACCAGUGUGCAUCUACUAAUCUAAAGACUUAGUGCUGGUUGAAGAGAAAGACUGAAAUCCUGGAUUGCCCCUUUAAUAGAUGACGUUUAGGUCUGCCCCCUGUUGCAAAAAUGGAAGCACUGCAGAUAAAAAUACACAAUGUGUUUACAUUUUUGUUAGUUUUUUGCCAUAAAGCCUCAUAAACAAAAAAAUCCAACAUGGCAUGACAUUGAAACGAGCCAUCGCAAACUGCAAGGACACAUAAAUGCAUGAGUGAACGCUGCUCCAUCAGAGCCAACAAACCCCCCCAAACCCCCACUAGACAACGUAUGGUGGCGACCAGCUGGCCCUUCGUUACAGGAGGCAGGUCGGGGUCCAAAGUGUCUGGAGCAAAGACGGUUCAGCCGAUGACUGUGUUGGUAACAUUAGCCUUAUUGUACUGAAGUUGGACUAUUUUCUCAUAUAUUUGUGUCUAUAUGUGAGUUCUACAAUAUGACAUAUAUCUCUGUGUUUUGUCUUGUACAACAUUAUUUGUUAAUGUCUUAAAUGUAAGACAUCGUGUUUGAUUUGCACGUGAAACCCUUGGGCGUCACACACUCAUUAAAGCCAUGCUGUCACGCAA